AUCAAUUCAAAAUAAAUCAAAAUAAAUCAAAAUGAGAAAGUAUAAAAUAAAACUUCAAGAAUAGCAGACAUUAUUUUUGAUGGUUUGACAAAAAUAUAUUUUUUUUAAGGAGGAAUAAAUUAAUUUUGAGAUUAGCAAUCAUUAAAACUCAAGAUAGGAGAAUCCAAGUCAACUUGACCAAUUAUUUCACCAACUUACUUUUAAAAUACAGUACAUAUUAUGGUACAUAAAAGCAGAAACGAACAAUUGAAUACUGCUAAUAUAAAACUUGUUUUGAAAUGAAUUGUACUGCACAAGUGUUCUUAAAGUGUGUAUUAUAUUGUACAACUUGAAUUGAUGUACAGUGCUUGAAUUAAUGUACUGUACUUGAAUUGAUGUACUGUACUUGACUUGAUGAAUUUUCCCCUAAUUUAUGUACUUUACUUGAAUUAAUGUAUUGUACUUGUCUUGAUGUACUGUACUUGAAUUGAUGUACUGUACUUGAAUUGAUGUAUUGUACUUAAAUUGAUGUACUGUACUUGAAUUGAUGUACUGUACUUGAAUUGAUGUAUUAUACUUAAAUUGUUGUAUACUGUAGGGAGCUCUAGAAAGUAGUAAAGAAUUCUCCUGGCGGGCUGUAACUCCAGAAAUGGAGAUUGAGUUUCCUCUGCAAGAUGUUGCUAUUACAGUUGCUGCAGUUGAAGUACUAGAGGAACUAGCAGACCAGUCUUUACAAGGAGAGAAGCCAUUUUUCAUUGGUCUUGGAUAUCAUCGACCUCAUCUACCGUUUGUUUUCCCGGAGGAGUUUCUAAACCUUUAUCCUACAGAAGAUAUCAGUCUUCCUUCAAACAGAUAUGUUACUGAAAAUCUUCCAGAAUUAGCCUGGAGCACUUACCAGGAGAUCAGACAAUAUGAUGACACAUCAAAUGAAGGUCUUGGACUGCAGAAUCUUGGAGAUUUCAAUACAACUUUUCCAGAUGCGAAAACAUUGGAGCUCAGGAGAGCAUAUUACGCAUCUGUUUCCUAUAUUGACAGAGAGGUUGGGAUUGUCCUGCGAACCCUUGAGGGACUUGGUCUGGCUGAGAACACGAUUGUUGUGUUGUGGGGGGACCAUGGUUGGAGUCUAGGAGAGAACAGUGAAUGGAGUAAAAUAACAAAUUUUGAGAUUGCAAACAGGAUUCCAUUUAUCCUCAGGGUUCCAGGGGUUACAGAUGAUGGUUUAACCACUGACCAACUAGUUGAAUCUGUUGAUAUAUUUCCUACAAUCCUACAAGCUGCAGGGUUUCCAGCUCCCCCACUGUGUCCAGAGGAGUCAGGCUCUAUCGAACUAUGCAGAGAAGGACGUAGCUUGCUUCCUCUUCUCCAGGAGCAGAAAAAUACUCAGUGGAAGAAGUCCGUAUUUUGGCAAUUUCCGAGAGGUGAAAUUUGGAGUACAUCUGUGUACAAAUGUAUGGGUUAUACAAUAUUAACAGCUCUGGAAGACGGGAGAAGGAUGAGGUAUACGGUAUGGGCUGGAACUACUCCGGAUGGGGAGCAUAGCUGGACUCCGGACUGGAUAAAUCUCUGUGAUCAUGAUGAACUCUACGAUCUCACCGAUGAUCCCCAAGAGACCGUCAACAGGUACUCUGAUCCUGAGUAUGCGGAUUUAAAAACAAGUUUAUAUGAGAAGCUGAGAGCAGGAUGGAGAGCUGAAAUGUAGAAUAUAAUUUCUGAGUUUA